UGGACACACACUCCGAUCUGAGAACUGGGCGGGGCCAGAAAGGGCCGGUGGCCAAAGAGGAGAGGCUGGAAAGGGAGGCGGGCCUUCAGGGGGCCUCCUCUCUUGGCACCUGAGGCUCCAGCCCACUUGGUUCCCUGACGUCGGCGGGAGUGGUGGCAGUGGCAACAGCUGUAGCGCCUGGGCUAUGGCAGAGGACGGGCCACCGAAGCAGCAGCUGGACAUGCCUCUGGUUCUAGACCAGGACCUGACCAAGCAGAUGCGGCUACGAGUCGAGAGCCUGAAACAGCGUGGGGAGAAGCGGCAGGAUGGCGAGAAGCUGCUCCGGCCGGCCGAGUCUGUGUACCGUCUCGACUUCAUCCAGCAACAGAAGCUGCAGUUUGACCGCUGGGAUGUGGUCCUGGAUAAGCCGGGCAAGGUCACCAUCACGGGCACCUCGCAGAACUGGACGCCUGACCUCACCAACCUCAUGACGCGCCAGCUGCUGGACCCUGCUGCCAUCUUCUGGCGCAAGGAAGACUCCGACGUCAUGGAUUGGAAUGAGGCUGAUGCCCUGGAGUUUGGGGAGCGCCUGUCUGACCUGGCCAAAAUCCGCAAGGUCAUGUAUUUCCUUAUUACCUUUGGCGAGGGCGUGGAGCCCGCCAACCUCAAGGCCUCUGUGGUGUUCAACCAGCUCUGACGGCAGCCCUGGCGACCCUGCCUCUGGCCCACAAUUCCCCCUUGCCUGAACCUCUUGCCACAUGUCUAUUUUGGGGACAUUCUUCUAACAUUCUCCUUCUGUGCUUGACUUGGCUAAAGGUCCCCUUUCCUGGUGCUAGUGCUGCAGCUCACAGGGCUGACCCAUGGCUCCAUAGUCUAGAAGCUGGACACUGCUACUGUAGACAAUAGAGGCCUUUUGGGUUCAUGUGGCCAGAAUGAUGGACUUCUUGGGCAUCUGCCACCUCUGCUUCAUUGUGGUGGACAGAGAGGGACUGAGAAACCAAAAGGCUAACCAAGAGAUCCAAAUAACCAACCAUUGGAUUUCCUACAGGGAUGGAAGACUGAGACAUGACAGGAACUGCCUUCUGGGGAACCUGUCAAGAAGGCAUUUGCCUGACGGCUAAAGCUGGCAUCAGGAGAUGGAUGCCCAGUGGCACUCUGGCAGCGGGAAGGUGCUUUUCCCAGUGUCAACACCAGCCUGCUGUGAUCUUAAGGCCUUCCAGGCACUGGGCAGGAUUACAGCAGGGCUUGGUCUGUCUGGCAGAGGGUGGCUGGCUUUGCAGGUCUCACCCGGGUUGCUGUGGAGAAGGGAAAGAGCUUGUAGAAGCUGACCCAGCUCUAACUACCCGCACAUAUGUAUAUGUUGAGAGAUAGCCUGCUAUAUUUGUAUGGAUGUGUGCCCGAGGGCUAACACUAGUCAGGAAUAAGGCUGACUUUAGCUUAGUUGUUGAGCAGUUGGCACUAGGUUCUGGGCUUGGUAGAGGUGACACUCUCUGCGUCCUCCUUGGUGCAGGGCUUCCUGAACUGGGAGACUAAGGCUCAAAUGGGGAAGCAGAGAACUGAGCCAGAAACACUGAUGUCCCCGAUAGGACGGCUGUCCUUUGCAGGUCUCUGAUCAGGAACACAGGUGCUGUGUCCUGCUGUAACUUCUCUGGGCGUUUACUGGGGGUUCUACCAGAGUGGAGGCACAUGGGUAAGGCUUUGGGGCAGUUAUGAUGUCUGAUGUCUGAAGUGGAUUGAAUGUCUCCAGAUGUCUAAUACUGGACUGGCUUCAGAAGCUAUCCAGGUAAACCCACUCCCCAAACCGACAGGGAAACAGAGGCACGGAUAUCGGCAGACUCCGUCCUGCCCCAAGCCUCAUUUCCUCCACCCUGUGCAUGCUGAGAGAAGCCUCACCUGCCACCUGGCAUCAGUCAGAGGUACUCUGCCUCAAGGCUGCCUCAUCUGAGAUGCCAAUGCAUGGAGAUCUGAAGGUAGGACCCGUCCAGUGGGUGGACUACCAGGAGCGCAAGCUCCAGCUCAGGGUCGGGAUUCUGGAGGCAGGAGAUAGGCUGUGUUGCUGGCUCUGGUGGCUAUUGCUUGCGGAAGCACCUGCUAGUGCCUUCUAGACGCUGCUGACUCUAGAGAGCCAUACCUAGACAGGGGCCCACCUUUCUGACCUCUCCCUACAGCUCUCAAGACCCCCUUGGUUCACGCUGCCUGUCCCCCAAUUCUGUCUCACCCCGUAUUCCCUGUGGGGGCUUGAGUGUCUCUGCCGUGCUUGUCACAUGUCCCCAAU